CGGGCCCGGAUCCGCACCGGAGGCUGCCAUGGCCACGGUUCUCACCUCUACGCCGGCCAGCGGCAGCCGCUCCGUUAGCCGCGCCGCCGCCAGCUCGCCGCUGAGCCCGACUCGGCUGAGCCGGCUGCAGGAGAAGGAGGAGCUGCAGCAGCUCAAUGACCGCCUGGCAGUCUACAUCGAGCGGGUGCGAGAGCUGGAGGCCGACAACUCGGCGCUGCAGCAGCGGCUGGCCCAGCGGGAGGCGGGCAGCGACCGGGAGGUGAGCAGCCUGCGGCUCCGCUACGAGACGGAGCUGGCUGACGCCCGCCGAGCGCUGGACGACAUCGCCAUGGAGAGGGCCACGCUGCAGAUGGAGCUGGGCAAGAUCGGCGAGGAGUACCGGCAGCUGCACAGCAGGAAUUCAAAAAAAGAAGCUGAUUUAAACACGACACAGGCUCGUGUGAGAGACCUUGAUGCUCAGCUAAAUGUGAAGGAAGCUGACUUGGCAACAGCUGUGAAUGAGAACAGAAGUUUGGAGAAUGAACUUCGUGAAGUAAAGGAUCAAGUAGUCACUCUGGAGCUGUCACUGGAAGACUCCAAAAAGCAUCUCCACAGUGAAAUGUUGAGGAGAGUGGACCUGGAAAAUCAUGUGAAAACUUUGCAGGAAGAAAUGUCGUUCCAGAAGCGCCUUCAUGAAGAUGAGCUCAAGGAGGCAAAAAGAGUCCAUGACAGCAUGGUAACAGAGGCAGCAUCUGACCGUCAGAGAGAAUUUGAGAGUAAGCUCUCGAACGCUCUGAAAAGUCUCAGAAAACAACAUGAAGAACAAGUCCAAGGCUACAAAGAGGAGCUGGAACGAACAUUCAAUGCAAAAAUGGAGAAUGCCCAGCAAAUUGCAGCAAGAAAUAGUGACUUUGCCAAAGCUGCUCAGGAGGAGCUGAUGGAAACAAUGCUGAGAGUUGAUUCUCUGACAUCUCAAGUUAGUCAAUAUCAAAGCCAGAAUGUUGCUUUGGAGAGCAAGAUAAGGGAGCUGCAGGGGACACUGGAUUAUGACCGUGAUUUCUAUCGACGACAUAUGGCUGAAAAAGAGAGAGAACUGGCACAAGCCCAGCAGCAGGCACAAGAACAGCUGCAAGAAUAUGAGAAUCUCUUAGAUGUGAAACUGGCUCUAGAUCUGGAAAUAAAUGCCUACAGGAAGAUGCUGGAAGGAGAGGAACAGAGGCUAAAGCUGUCACCCAGUCCACCUUCACACAGCACAGCAACCCAAGCAACAAGUCAAGGGCGACGGUUCCUGCAGGGGAAGAAAAGGAAAAUGAAAGAAGCCAAAAAGAGAGGGCACAGUGCUGGACUUAAGACUGUUCAGCAUGCUUCAUCUUCUGGAAAUGUAUCUAUUGAAGAAAUUGAUGAAGAUGGGAAAUUUGUCAGGCUUAAAAACAACUCUGAUGAGGAUCAGUCACUACAUGGUUGGGUGUUAAGAAGACAUCUUGGAAGUGUGUCAGAUGUAACAUACAAAUUUCCUGCACAGUUCACUCUUCAGGCGGGCCAAGUAGUUACAAUCUGGGGUGCAGCUGCUGGUGUAAGCCCAGGUCCUAGUGACCUGGUCUGGAAGUCUCAGAAGUCCUGGGGAGCUGGUUAUAAUAUUGAUGUUACACUCAUCUCAGAGCAUGGUGAGGAACUUGCAGAGAGGAAGAUGAUGCAAGUACCCAGAGGAGAAGACAAUGGUGAACAAGAUGAUGAUUAUGAAGAAAUAACUGGAACUGAACUAGAAUUUCCAUCUCAGACCAAAAGGAGAAGAAAAAAGAAAUGUUGUUUGGUUUCAUGAUAGUGGUUCCUGUGAGCAUCUUUAAGCAGCAAAAUGAGGAUUCUAGCUGUGCUGUCAUGUAAUGUGGACAAGGGGAUGGUCAUCUGAAAACACAUCUCAGUUCCAGGUGACACAGACUGUGUUUUGGUAUCUUCUGCAAUAUCUGAAGUUUGGAAUUCACAUCUCCCAUCUGACCUCUUGAUAAGAAACAUUGUCCAGAACAUGAUGAAAUUUCCUACCUUCUGAUACUGGGCCCUGUUCUUGGAUUCACUGAUAUAAAGAGCAGCAGAACACAAGCUCCAUGUGAAGUUAUUUUUACUUUAACACAAGGAUUUGGUUUCUGUGACCUGCUGAAAUAGAAGUGUAUACAGUUUACAAAACUUAUAAAAAAGUAUGUCCUGGAAGGGUGCUAAAUACUUGACAAUGAGCAUGAGCCUGCCUCAGCUUUCUUAAUAUUCUGAUAUGGUGUUUCUCCAAAGGUAAUUUUUGCUUAAAGCCUGAGUGGGAAACUACAUGAGUCAGUUCACACACUAGCUUGAACCUUCAGCAAGUCUGAACUUGGUUGAAAUAGAACUGUCUUGAGGAGAGCUGAGUGCCUGAAAUGCCCUGCUCAGAUCCUGAUGCUAAAAUAUACUAAAACUGGUCUAGAUCACUUGCUAGAGAACUUCUAGAGUGAAACAUUUUUAAAUUAAAAGUAAGCUGUAAAAAUAUUGUCUGUUAUUAAAUAUACUGUUCCUGUAUUCUAGCACCUGGAAAUGGACCAGUUUCAGUACUGUCUGUUCCUAGACUUGGACAGAUGUAUCCUAUAAAUGUGAAAAAGCAUCUCAUUCCAACAGAAAAUGUACUGCAACUAGCUAUUAGCACCCUGUUUGGAUGGCCCCAACAAGCCCCAUGGGACUAGAAAAAAAGAAUACUGAAACAUAAAUCAGAACUAGAAACCAGUAACUGUUUGUAAUAAAAGGUGCAUCAAAAAUAUCUGCUCUUAGAAUCCUUAUGUACUAAAUUUCUGUGCAGUCUGCAGUGCUGCUUUGUGUUUGUCUAGUGGGGCAGUUGGGGGAAUACUGUCUAUUGGCCAGUAUGUAAUUUACUGUAACUUUUAUAGCUCUGUAGUCCAGGUAAAGCCUGACUUAUAACCCUCAGAAACCAGGCAGUCAGCCUCUGGGGCCACUGCAUUCAGUUAUUCUUAGCCUCUUUUUCCUAAAAUGCUCACCUGCUGGCUCUGUGGUAAAGAAAGGGCCUUCAUGAGCCACAUAAAGUACUUCUCUUUAAGAGCAUGAGGGGAACAGCUGAAGGGAGAGAAGCAGAUGAAAUUGAAGAUUUCUCCAAGUGCUGGAAUAAUUUUUAGUCUGCCUCUUGCCUUGUCAAGGUAUUCCAUUCUGAAUUUAAGACCUGUUCUGUGUUAGGAUGCAGUUAUUAAGAUAAAGCUUUCCUUAUACUAAUGUCAGUUAUUUGAAAAUUCUGCCUUUAAGACAUCAAGACUAGAUGCUGGUUUAAUACUUGUGUUUUAGCAGAUAUCAAUUCUGAUACAUUAUGGCCCUUGUAGAAAGAUGCUGCUACAACCUUGCUCUAGUUAUCUUGAUUUCUUAAACCUUUUAUAUACAUGAAAAAUAUAUUUAUUAGUUUAAAAGCAGUCUUGGAGUUUAAUAUUUGCAAGGUAAAAAAAAUUGUUUAUGAUCUUCUUUGAGUGGCUCAAGAAAUUCUGAAGCAAUAAAACUGUUUGCUUUAGGGAAGAUUCCCUGGAGGCUUAGAAACCUUCAGGAAUAUGCCAUGCUGCCCUGUUUGUUUGUCACUCAGUUUGUCAAAUAAAGUUAAACUGCUAUGAACUUGA